AGGUCUCCGCUGCUGGGUGACAGUGAUACAAUGUAACGAGCUGUAGUGGAGGCUGCAGGAGGAUGGGGCUCGGCGGCCGCUGCUGCUCCCCGGGGAACCGGAGCCACAGGCAGUGACUACAGGCCUCCUGGAUGUGCCCGUUGUCUUUCGUGCCUUCUUCAUGUGUUGUGGAUGAAUUACAGAACUUAGAAAUGAACAUUGCGCCCCCCGGGACAUUUUAAUCCUUCCGACCCUAGGUGUCUGUGACUUUCUCUCACCAUGACGGGCUCUAGUUCCACCUUCCACCGCGCUCACAGUAAGCAUUGCCACCGCCAGAACGUUGGGACAAAGACUAGCAAGCCCUCCCGUUCUCGAAGCCUGCACGACCGCCCCUUGGCUUCGUCUCUUACGCCAGCUCCGGCCAGCGCCUCCGGGAAUAGCUCGGGUGGCUACUCGGAAGAAGAGGACAAAGAGGUGGGGGCGCUCUUCUACGUCAAUAAGAGCGGAUUCCCCAUUGACAGUCAGACCUGGGAAAGAAUGUGGGCGCACGUAGCCAAAGUCCAUCCGGAGGGGAAGGAUAUGGUGGACAGAAUACAAAACGCAACUCUGCUUCCCAAGCCUUCUGUGCCGACUGUACCGACCUACAAGACGUCCAUGUCCAUCCCCGAGUGGCUGCAGGCCGUGCAGAGAUACAUGAAGACAUUGCAAUACAACCACACCGGAACACAGUUCUUUGAAAUCAGAAAGACCCGUCCGCUCAGUGGGUUAAUGGAGACUGCCCGGGAGAUGACCAGAGAAUCCUUACCCAUUAAGUGUCUAGAAGCUGUGAUCCUGGGAAUAUAUCUCACAAACGGUCAGACCAGCGUGGAGCGGUUCCCCAUCAGCUUUAAAACCCAGUUCUCAGGGAACUACUUCCACCACGUAGUGCUGGGGAUCCACCAUAAUGGACACUACGGGACACUGGGCAUGAGCAGAAGGUCGGACCUUAUGGAUAAACCUAUGACCUUUAAGACUCUGAGCGAGCUCAUCUUUGACUUUGAAGAAUCGUACAAAAUGUAUUCUCACACGGUGAAGAAGGUCAAAAUCGGUUUAUAUGUCCCUCAUGAUCCCCACACGUUCCAGCCCAUCGAGUGGAGGUAUCUAGUCAUCAACAUGGGGAAGAUGGUGCGAGCCGAUGUCAAGAAGGAACUGGAGAAACAUGCCCGGGACAUGAGGAUGAAGAUCCUGAAGUCUUCAAGCGCUCAGUCUCCCGUAAAAGAAAGAAGAGGAAAAUCUGUUUCACCACCAAGAGUCCAUAUCAGCACCCAGAGACGGGCGCUCCGGAGAGAUAAAUCGCCGGCCACAAUGGACAGGACGCCAGCGGACCUCAGCACCCUCAAUGAUGUUGGCUACCAGAUUAGGAUUUAACAAGACCCCACAACUCCCUGGUGCUUCCGUUUGCACUUUACCCCUUCACUUCUUCUUUUUCUAUGGAUUUGUGACUAUUUAUUACCAGGUUUUUGGUUUAAGCUUUUAAUCCAGAAAUAUUGCAUUUUUACACUUUAUUUUUAUUUUUUUUUAUAUCGAGUUUGCCAGCUUUUUGCAAAAUGACCCAACACUUGGACUUCUCGGAGGCGAUGUGCGGUUUUUAUCUGACACGAUUUGCAAGUUUACAGCCAACGUCUCUCAUUGUGGACCUAUGUUUCCUUCAUUUUGUUAACCAUCAGAAUUGGCGCUGCCAAGUAAAGUGUUGGCAUGGCAGUACCCAUGCCAGGGGAACAUCUUUGUGAAAUAUAAAAAAAAAAG